UCUUUAACUUUCACCUACUGCAGCUUUUAGUUCCAGAGAGAAAUCAUGUUCUCUCUUUGGUACUCUCAGUUUCUGCUUCUUCUUUUGGCUUACACUGGAUUCCUAGCCAAAUCAUCUGCAGAGUUAUUUGUUACCAAUGGAUCGAGAUUGUUGCAGGUGCAGGACAAGAACAUAUUCAUUCUAGCAGGGCAGAGUAAUAUGGUUGGAGAAGGCGGUGUCGUGUUUGCUAAUAAUUUCUGGGAUGGAAUUAUUCCUACUGAAUGUAAACCGAACCCGUCAAUCAUCAGAUUCAGUUCACAGCGGAAAUGGGUUAAAGCGCAAGAACCACUCCACGCAGAUAUCGAUGUCAAUAAGCUUUGUGGUGUUGGUCCCGGUAUGGCAUUUGCAAAUACUCUUAGACAGAAGGAUUCCAGAAAUAUUGGAACUAUUGGGUUGGUUCCUUGUGCUAUUGGUGGAACUCGUAUUAGUCAGUGGGCUCGCGGAACUCAACUCUAUAAUAUGUUCAUAACGCGCUCCCAGAAAUCGUUAACGGAAGGUGGAAGGAUACGGGCUGUUCUUUGGUAUCAAGGGGAGAGUGAUACAGUUAGUCGAAAAGAUGCUGAUUCUUAUGGACAUAAUUUGAAGAAUUUCGUAUUGAAUUUUCGCCAGGAUCUUCAUCUUCCCAUGCUCCCUUUCGUUCAGGUUGCUUUGGCAACAGCAGAAGGGUCAUAUAAAGCAAUUGUAAGGAAAGCUCAGCUGGAGCUAGAUUUACCGAAUGUUUGGACCGUUCAUGCUAAUGGACUACCUCCGGGACCAGACGGUAUACACCUCUCAACUAAAGCUCAAGUCCGUGUAGGACAGAUGUUAGCGGAGGCAUAUCUCACAAGGACUGCUCAUCAAAGUAGUCCCAUUAGCAGCAGUGCUUCAAAGCUAAGUCGCUAGAUUCUUUGAUAUGUAAAGUUGAACUGUUUACCAUUGAAAAUAAGACAAGGAGUUGACACUGU